AUGGGCGCUAUGCGCGAGUCCACGCACAGGCCGCCAAGUUUCUCUUCAAGUUGCAAUUGGCCUCUCCGGCUCAAAUGGGUUGUCGAUGUUUCACAUUGGCCGGAGGGUGACUUGUGCGUAGAUCUACGCUCUUGCAUACGGCCUUCGGAAGAAUAUUUGGGUCACGAUUUGAGGUGGAUGAUUGCAACCUUUUGUUUACUCAGUCUAGUGAACACCUCCUUCGUACUGCUUCGAUCCGCGCAUGGUGUCAGCCGCAUUGAGCAGAGCGAUUAUGGGCGCCAACAAACUGUGUGGCCUCGCGUGCAGUUUUGGCACUCGAACUCGGAGGAAAACAUUGGCUUCCUUGUCAUCUGGUACCCCAAUUUCAAUGCACUCAGGAUGCGCCUUUCCCUCUCUGUUCGAACUCCGUUGCCGCAAAUUCUUACUCCGCGCGACUCGUGUUCAUGUCAAGGGCCAUUUCCACUCUUCUUUGUUAGCAUCUCUUUCAUUGCCUUCUCUACCGUUCAUCUUUCAUUAUCUUCUCCCAACCAUCCCAAGUCUACAGUUUCCUACGUGAACUCCAUGGCCCCAAACCCCAUCUAUCAGCAAACCAAAUUAAAAACUUUGUACUUUUCAACAACCUCUCGAAGGCCCCUCCGUAUUUCUCUUCCUACCCUUAUUUCGCCUUCCGGGAAACGCUUCCCCGUGGUAUCUACCACCCUUCGUGGUUAUACAACUAUCCCUGUGAAGAAAGUUAGAGUUUCGAUUCGGGACGACGAGAACGAUCAAUACCGCUUUACGGUCUAUUUUCGACAUGACCAGCUCCUGGGUGUCAACGGCGCCGCUGGUACUCUGGCGCCCUUUGUCCCGUGGACGGGGGACUUCAUCGUCAUCCAGGAAGGUUAUCGAUACAAUUAUAUUGGAUUGGCCAGCUGGUACGCUUACAAUAUGGCGCAUAGGGCAGCUCGUGUCUUUCUCGAUCAUGCCCACGAAUGCAUUCAAGCCGCUGGAGGGGAAGAUGCUUUUUCGGUUAUCUUCCCAACCCAGAUUGAUGAACCACAAGCAAACUGA